GAAAAGUGCUGGCCGAGAGCGCGUGCCGGCAGGCUGACUUGUGGAAGUGGUUCAACGGGCCGCAGGGAGGCGCGCUAUUUGCUCGAGUGGCUUAUUCCUUCCCCAGCACCUCACCGACGGCGCCCUGCUCCUGCCUGGGACGCGUGGACAGCGGGCGUCGCGUGGAGCUGCGGCGAGAAGAGGCGCCCCGCGGGGCUGAAAGGCCGAAGCUAGCCGCAGAGACUGUGGGGAGGCGGGAGCCUGGCCUGGGAGGGAGGGGGAGGAAGGCUCCAUGAUUGGCAAGGACGACAGAGUUCAGCCGCUGCUUUGCCAGCCUCCGGCCUCCAGCCUCCGCCGGCGGCUCUGAACAUGGCUGGCCCCUCUCCUCCGCCUGCUUCGGCUGAGUUUCCGCACGAGGAUGCACCGUGAUGACUGCCACAAAGCGGGGACAGCAUCUCGGGCGGCGCGAGCGGCACCAUCUUUUCCAGCAGCCGCCGAAAGCUCGGUUGUAAUGGAAACCGGGGGCGAUGCCAGCUCAGCCCCUCCGCGGAGGGGAGGCGGCGGCGAGUUACCAACUGCUGGUGUAGCAGAAGCCGCCGGUCUCCAAGCGGCCGCCCCUCGCCCACUGGCUUCUGCGGGGGGAAAGGAUAUGAAUAUGGAUGAUGGGCCAGGCAGCGCCAGCCGAGGCGGCGGCGUGGACCCUGCUGCAGUGCCGAGAGGAGGCAGAACCGCGGCCCCCGCCCCCUUUCCCCGCGUGCCUUACGCCAAAGAUCCCAAAACAGCCCACCAGCGCUUUCUCCGGAGGAGUGUGGUGGAUUCCGAUCAGGAGGAGCCCCCCUUUGAGCCCGCAGAGCCGGAGCAGCAGCCGCAGCCGCAGCCCAAGAAGAUUCUCUUCCUGUCCAAAACCAGGCGGAUAAUCGCGGAGAGGGCGAAAGCGGGGCAGAGGCCCGUGGUGGUGGAAGAGACGCGGGUGGGAGAGGAGCCCGCCAGCCAGGUGAAGGGGGUGUCCGCCGAGAGCGUCUCGGCAGGUGACCAGGCAAAGGAGGGCGGCGGCAAGGAGGAUGCUGGGAAAAAAGAGGUGCCCGAAUCUUCCAAGGAUCAGAGCAAGCUCAAGAAAGAGGAGGCCGAAGAGGAGGAGGAAGAGGCCGAUAUGAAAGCAGUGGCUACCUCCCUCGAUGGCAGGUUUCUAAAGUUUGAUAUUGAACUUGGCAGAGGAUCUUUCAAAACCGUCUAUAAGGGGCUCGACACGGAAACGUGGGUUGAGGUUGCUUGGUGCGAACUUCAGGAUCGAAAGCUGACAAAAGUGGAAAGGCAGAGGUUUAAAGAAGAAGCGGAAAUGUUGAAAGGUCUUCAGCACCCAAAUAUUGUUAGGUUUUAUGACUUUUGGGAGUCAUGUUUAAAAGGAAAAAGGUGUAUUGUGCUGGUAACAGAACUGAUGACCUCUGGAACUCUGAAAACCUAUUUGAAGAGAUUUAAAGUGAUGAAACCAAAAGUCCUUCGUAGCUGGUGUCGGCAAAUCUUAAAAGGUCUCCUUUUCCUGCACACUAGAACACCACCAAUUAUUCAUAGAGAUUUAAAAUGUGACAAUAUUUUUAUAACUGGACCAACUGGAUCUGUGAAGAUAGGAGAUUUGGGUCUGGCAACUCUUAAGAGAACGUCAUUUGCCAAAAGUGUCAUAGGCACUCCAGAAUUUAUGGCCCCAGAAAUGUACGAGGAACACUAUGAUGAAUCAGUGGAUGUAUAUGCUUUUGGAAUGUGUAUGUUGGAAAUGGCUACCUCAGAAUAUCCAUAUUCAGAAUGCCAGAAUGCUGCUCAAAUUUAUAGGAAAGUAACUUGUGGUAUCAAACCAGCAAGUUUUGAUAAAGUUACUGAUCCUGAAAUUAAGGAGAUAAUUGGAGAGUGCAUUUGCAAAAAUAAAGAAGAGAGAUAUGAAAUUAAAGAUUUACUAAGCCAUGCCUUUUUUGCUGAAGAUACUGGGGUAAGAGUGGAACUUGCAGAAGAAGAUGAUGGUAGGAAAUCCUCUAUUGCCUUAAGACUCUGGGUAGAAGAUCCUAAGAAACUGAAAGGAAAACCCAAAGAUAAUGGAGCCGUUGAGUUUACUUUUGAAUUGGAGAAAGAAACUCCUGAUGAUGUUGCACAAGAAAUGGUUGAUGCUGGAUUCUUUCAUGAAAGUGAUGUCAAAAUAGUUGCAAAAUCAAUACGUGACAGAGUAGCCUUAAUACAGUGGAGAAGAGAGAGGAUUUGGCCCAUGUUGCAUUCAGAAGAUCACUGGGAUCCUGAGAGUUUAGAAAAAAUGAAGGCCGCACAAGCACAACCACUUCAGAUUGCACAUCUUUCUCAUGCUGGUCAUCACAUUUUAUCAGAACCAGAAGAGCCUGAAGUGGACCAGCAUCUUUCUCAACAAAAUCUGCCCACAAGCAUUACUUCACUUGCAUCUGAUAGCACAUUUGACAGUGGUCAAGGAUCAACUGUGUAUUCAGACUCCCAGAGUAGCCAGCAAAGUGUCAUCUACUCAUCUAUUCCUGAUGCAAUACCUCCAGCUGUUCAGCGUGUUUAUAGCCCACCUCUCAGUGAGAGCCAGACUUUGCCACAUGGCCUUCAGCAGUUAGGGCCCUACCAGCAGCCCUCAGUGCCUGGCCUUCCAGUGGUUCAGGGUCCAACUGCUGUCGUGUCUCAACGGCCACAACUUUAUCCAGAACCAGCAAUUCCAUUUCCUGUUGUCCAUCCCACCUUAGUUGCCCCUGUGCAGACGAGACAACCUCAACCUGUAUUAGUCAGCCAGCAGCAAUCCAUCCCAACCCCAGCUCCCUUACAGCAAGUUCUCAGCAACCAGCCCAUGUGCCCAGUACAGCAAUCUGCACCUCACCUGUUGUCCCAGUUUCAAACUCCCAGUUCUCAGAUGGCAGCUACCAGUGCACCACUGGCACCUCUGCAGGUUCCCUCUGUGCAGCCACCAGUUCCACCUGGUCAAAUUCCUCAGUUUCCUGUCAUUCCUGCAGUCACUCCUCUGGCAGGACUUGACAGUCAUCCUUCAAACCUGUCUGAUAUACCUGCUGCAAAUAUGCCCCCUAUACCUGCUCCUUCUCAAUAUUUUCCUCCAGCUGUGAUUGUACCAAGUCUUCCUGUGAACUCUGCUCUGCCACUGUCAUCAAAUUCCCCUGCCCUCCCCAUGCAAGCAGUCAACCUUCCUCAUACUACUGUGGCUUCCUUGGUCUUACCCUGCCAAACAAUUGUGCCAAAUAUGCCAGCUGCUUCAGUACCAUUACUUCCUGUGCCUCCACCAGGAGUGUCAGCUUUACCAACACGUCACGCGGUAGCCCAGCUCUCCCAACAACAAAUGUACCAGGCUACCCUCCAGCAGAUAAUACAGAACGAAGUUGUACCUUCUCCCCUCCACACUCAGAAUAUGCAAGCAGUUUCACAGCAGCAGCAGAUGCUGCCUUCACUUCCACAGUCACUUCAGCCAAGCAUAGUUCAUCCUUCAGAACAGACUAUGUCUGCAUCUGGGGCUAGUAAUCAGAUUAUUGGACAUCCUCAGUAUGCUAUGGACAUUGGAACCCAGAUAUCUGCAUUGCCAGUGCAGGCUUCUGCAGUUAUAUCACCCCCAUUGCAAUUGCAGCCUGAAGCCAUGCUGCCCUGUAUUGCUUCAGAUGGACUUUCACAAAGCAAUCUUGGCACGACUAAUUCGGCAGUGCCGGCAGACCACGGACUGCCCCUUCAGUGUUCUGCUUACCCUCAGUCUCAGUCAGACAAUCACCAGCUUCCUGGCCAGCAGGUUCCAACUCCAUGCCCAGUUGUUCCACUAGCCACAGAACCUCCUCAAGAGGUGGAGCAUGCAGUACUGGAGAAGGAGCAGUCACUAUCACAGAGCUGCGAAAGUUAUAUGAGUCCUGAUGUUGCUUCUGGUAAAGAGAUGAGUGACAGUUUUGAAGGAACAAGUGGAGGUGGGAAACAAGAAGGAAAACCUUCAAAGAAACAUAAAAAAUCAACACGUACUCGUUCACGUCAGGAAAAAUCCAAUAGACCCAAGCUUACAAUUUUAAAUGUGUGCAAUACAGGGGAUAAGAUGGUGGAAUGCCAACUAGAAACACACAAUCACAAGAUGGUCACUUUUAAGUUUGAUUUAGAUGGUGAUGCUCCAGAGGAAAUUGCUACUUACAUGGUCGAAAAUGAAUUUAUAUUACCAACUGAAAAAGAGAUAUUUAUUGAGCAACUGAAGGAAAUUAUUGACAAGGCAGAAGAUAUGCUUAGUGAAGAUACAGAAGGGGAGCGAAGUUCUGAUCAAGGUGUGAGCCCUCAGCAAGAUACUUACAAGCUGGAAAUUAAUGAGGAGAAUCGGCAAUCUCAGGCAAGAAUGCCUAUCUACCAACAGAAUGUUCUGCAUACUGGGAAACGUUGGUUUAUCAUUUGUCCUGUUGUGGAAAAUCCAGCUGCUGAAGUGCCAGAAUUCUCUUCUCAUCCUCCUCAGAGUGCAAAGCAAUCUGAAGCCCCAGGUCUGGAGCUAUUAGAUGAUCAGCAACAGAGCUCUGCGGUGACAGAAAAACAAACAAACAUAGCUUAUCAACAUCUUUCUAAUCCACUUAGCUCCUAUGAAUGUCCCAGGGGAACUCCUCCUCCAUCUCCUUUGACACAAGUUUCUGUUCCAUCUGCAUUAACCCUUUCACAGGUCCAUCCAGAAACAUUCACUGCAACCCCUCCAACGUUAGCUUCAUCUGCACUAGAAGAAGCUGCUGAAAGUAUAGGUCAGCUAGGAUGCCCUUUGCUACCACCAGUCUUAGCUAGUCAGUCUGACACUCCUGCCCAUACUACAGCUUCAUUUGAAGAACAUUUUGAGGCUAAGGUCCCUCUAAAUGCCUCACAGCAGACACUACAAAAGAAAGAUGAAAAAAAUGUUUUUCCCAGUAUAGAACAUGAACACAGCACAGCCAGUCUGCCAAAACCUUUUCAGCCUGUUCCCACACAGACAGCAGAAAGUUCUUCUUUCCCUGUCAAAUCUGAUGCUGCUGUUUUGGAACUUCAGUCGUCAACCCAAAUCCCCAAUUUGUCAGACAACACUCAGCUGGGCCAGAUACCACAUUCUUUUGUAGACCAGAUACUUGCCCUGCCUGCUGUCUCUGAACCUCUGAUUUCAGCAACAUCUCAACUUUCAAGUCCUCCUCACAUAUCAACAUCUGUAUCCCAACUGCGCAUGCCAACCCAGGCCCAGCUUGUCACAUCCACUGGCUCUGCCAUGACUGCACCUCAGCUGCCUUGUAUGGUAGAAUCAGAUGGUGAAGGGCCACCAAGAGUUGAUUUCACUGACAACACAAUAAAAAGUCUGGAUGAGAAACUUCGCAACCUGCUUUAUCAAGAGUAUAUUCCAACAUCAUCUGCUUCAGCAGCAACACCAGACCAAGUGGAUGGUGAAUUUAAUUUGGCACCUUUACCUGCCCUUGUGCUAGAUUUGAAAAUUCCUGGAGUUGGCAUGGAUGCUCACAUGGCUGAAGAUCAACCUUCUCCAAUUCUGGCAAAAAAAUCAGAAGUUACUUGCACCAGGAUCCAGCAUUCAGAAAUAUAUCAACUGUCAACAAGCAAAGCAGGUAAAGCUGCAAAUCUUAGUUCACCUACUACUACCCUACCAUCAGGAUUCACUCAGGUUGUUUCUUCUUCAUCACUUAAAGCAGACCAGAAGGACAUUGCUAAGAGGAAUGAAAAGGAAAAUGUUAAUGUAUUACUUGAAGAGAAAAAUAAAUCUCAAAAAGAUGAUUCUAUAGACUCCAAUUUUAAUGUCAAAGAAGCUGAAACACCAGCAAAAACUAUAGGCAGAUUUUCAGUGAUCAGCACCCAGGAUGAGUUAACUUUACCAUCUGUGCAUUCCUUAAGGUAUUCUGCACCCCCAGAUGUUUAUUUGGACAAUCAGCUUUCUAGCCCUGAUAAAAAGACAUCUCUGCGUCGUGUGCAAACGGCUUCAUCUUUCAAUGUCCUUUAUGGAAAGGAUUCCAGUGAUUCUGGAGAUGAAUCUCUCUGGGGAAAACAAGAUGCAUCUCCACUGUCACCUCAGAGCAGUAGAAUGGGAAAUGAAUACGCUAAAAAGACUUCAUCUAUUCUGCAAAAGUCUGUAAAGUCAGGUUCACAGGGCCUUAAUUCACCAAAUGGUCAUGGAUCAAAAAUCCCAACUAUCAACAUAACUUCUUUCCAUUCUCAGUCGUCAUACGUGAGUAGUGACAAUGACUCAGAGUUUGAAGAUGCAGACAUGAAAAAAGAAUUGCAGAACCUGAGAGAAAAACACAUGAAAGAAAUUGCUGAGUUGCAGUCUCAACACAAAAGAGAAAUAGAAGCUUUGUACAUUCGUCUGGGAAAACCUUUGCCACCAAAUGUUGGCUUCCUUCAUUCUGCUCCACCAAGUGGCCGUCGAAGAAGAACAAGCAAGAACAAAUUAAAAACUGGGAAAUUGCUAAACCCUGUGGUCCAGCAGCUCAAAACAACAUCUAGUACAAGCAAUAUACCAGACUAUAAAGACCCUUUGGCUAAGGGAAGCACUAGAGCUCAAACUGAUUCUACUGAAGCAGCAGGACUGACUGUGUCCACGUCAGCCGUACUUGAAAGAUCAGUUCAGACUCAGCAACCUUGCUCUGUCAAGGCUUCCUUAUCCUCUGACAUUUGCUCUGGAGUAGCUUCUGAAGGAGGUGAUGCCCGUGGAAAUUCUGGCCAAGGCUGGACGGUUUUCCACCAAACGUCUGAGAGCGUGACCUAUAAAUCUAGUAGCAAACCUCGUACCAGAUUCCUCAGUGGACCUGUGUCUUUGUCCAUCUGGUCCACCCUGAAACGACUAUGUCUAGGCAAAGAUCACAGUAGUAGAUCUUCAACAAACAGUCUUGUAGCAUAUCCAGAUCCUCUACCACAAACAACAAUACAGGUUCAGGUACAAGCCAACAACAGUAACAACAAGAAAGGAACCUUCACAGAUGAUCUCCACAGAUUGGUGGAUCAAUGGACAAGCAAAACUGUGGGAGCUGUACAAGCAAAGCCAUCCUUAAACCAACUGAAACAGAAUCAAAAACGGCAAGACAUGGAGCCAAAGGGUAACCCCAUGCAGUCACAGAAUGAGACCUGUGGAGUUAAUGCAGCAAGAACAGGACUGGGGAAAAAGUGUGUCGUUCCAGUGACUUGUCCACUGUCAGCUGCAUUAACUUCUGGAGUCCCACCAUCCCAGCCAGUGCCUAUGCCAGGUACUCUCCUAACUGGCCCAGUCAAACCUUAUGUGAUGCCUCUUUGUCAGUAUGGAGGAAUUCUCCCUACAACCCUCUUUGGAGUGCCGCGGUCGGGUCCAGCCACCCAGCCGGGGAUGAGUGGAGGCCAGAGCAUUGCACAGUUUCCAGCUCUUGGCCCCAGUAGCUUCCAGUUGUUUCCGGUGCCCCUGCAGAGGCCCUAAUUUGGGAAGGACCUCAGUGGCUGACUUCCAAAUGGCGACCAUCCAGUGUUUAGCUCCUAGGCAGUCUGUUUCUCCCUGCUGGCCCCGUUCAGGCUCACUAGUUCAUUAGCCAUGCCCCCAUCAGGCAGGCCCUGGGGAACACUUUCCCACCAAUCUGCUCACUCUUCUGGCAGUCCUUCUGUCCCCUUCAUUGCCGAAGAUGGUCGAUUUUCUUCUCUGGUGUCUGAAACGGCCACGUUCAACACUAACGUACUUGAAUGGAUGGGUAGGAGAACUGUAUCAGUCUUACAGGUGUAUAGUGCCUUGAAUUCAAGCUUUUCAGUUCAAGCUGGAAAGGUGUAAAAUAAUCACAACAAUAACUGAAAGGUGUAUUUUAUUUACAGUCUGCUUGGGGAAGGUUAAUUUUUUUUUUAUUUGCAAAAAUAUAAAGAUAGAAUUUAAUAGCGACCGUUUACAUUUGAAACUCUUGACCAGUUUUAUUUUAUUUUCUCCUGUUAAAUGCUUUUACUUUAACCAGCAGUUAAAUGGAAUGUUUGGUAAUUUAAAUCUUUAUGCCCUCCCUGACUGGGGGCUGCAGCCUCUUCCUUGAAUGAAGCAUAAUGAAACGGAUGACUUUGUUUUUACCAGAGGAGCCUGAAUGUAAGUUGUAUCUCUGUGUUUAAGGAAAAGCUUUGUUGUGUGGUCUUUCUGGAAAAGCUGUUGCAAGUGACCUCUCUUUUUCUUUCAAACAGCAAAUUUGGCAGGCAGAUGUCCUCCCCCGCCCCCACCCCCCGAUAUUCAACUGUAGCAUUUUUUGCCAUCCCCUGAACAAACAAUAUAAUUCAGUUAAAUGACAAACCUUGCAUGUUUCAUAUGUGAAAUACACUUACUCAUAAUUCUUGACAAUAGGACAGCAGCCCAAAGUUAUUGUAAGACCUUUGUAAGUACAGAAGUCUCCUUGCAUGCAUUCUGCCUGUCCUCCAAAUGCUUAAAGUAUUCUCAGUGAAUGGAAUUGGCUUUUGACUUGUGCUUUCUUCCUUCCCACAUUUGCUUUAUGUUACUGUAUGUAGAAUUUGCAUCCUCUAAAGGCACACAACAGCCCCUAAGAUUUAUUUGCAGAUUGGCAAGUCUUUGUUCCCUUGAUGGAAAAGGAGCGAAGAAUUCCAUCUACAGCUAUAAUGGCACACUUAAAAGAAUUACAGUACUAGAACUGAAGGCAUACUGCUUGCACUUUGCCACUCUCAAUAUGGCAGUGGUAUUUUUAAACUGCCUGCUGAAGGGGUGGAGCUGUUUUGCGCUGCCCAUCUGUUAUUUGUAUAUGUCUACUGUACUUUGAGCAUUCAAGAACUGUCUGCGAUAUUUUGUUGGUACCAUUGAAUAUGAUGCCGUCAAUUCUGUUAGAAUUGAAUUUUGUAGAACCUGAUGCAGUCUUCUGCCUGGGGAGAAUACAUACUAUAGUAAGAGAUUUCUAUUCUCUGUAACAUGUAUCUUUACAUUGUUUGAGACUUUAUUUUAGAUUCAUGUAUGUAUGCUUUAUGAGCAUAAGCACCGAAAAUGUCUUCUCACCGUUUCCUCCCUUGGCUUGCACUGAAACCUCCCACUUGUCACUACUGCCUGUUGUACAGCCUGUUUCAGCCCCUUGUAUAUGAUGGUCAGUGGUAUAACCUCUCACUACCAAGAGAAUGUAUAUAUUCAAGAAAAGGAAAAAAAUAAAACAUUUUUGUGCUUGAAAAAAUUGUGUUGCUAAAAGUUUCAGCUAUUAAAGGGCAAUUCCACAGUUCAAGUCCAUUCCCCUAUCGUCAUUACAGAUACAUUUUUAAAGUAAUACAUGCAGUCAAAUGAUAGGUAAGAUAUCUACAAUUGGAGCUGAAAUAUUUCAUGCACUUGCUUAUAGCGAUACCCUGGGCAUCAAGAUGAGUAGUAUUUUAGAAGACGGAAUCAGCAGAUAGGCUCCACAUACAAUAUUUUGUUCAUUAAUUAUAAUCACACUUGAUGUAAUAGGGCUUGAUCAUGAUUGACUUGUUUUGUUACUAAUACUAGCUUCUGCCUAUACCUGCAAGAUAUUCCAAGUUUAGACAGAAAAUAGCUAUGGAAAGAUGUUUAUUAUUUGGCAAAACACAGCAAUAAAAUAACAUUAAAAUAUAAUCCCUUAUACUUUGAUUAUAU